CUCGCGGGGCUCGCGGGGUUGCGCACGAACCCACGUGAUAUCGGAUGAGGUUAAUGCAGAUAAACAGCACGAGGCGCAAGGCAGUCCGUGCAAUCCCGACCCGGGCAGCACUAGCGGGUUUGGAUGAACCCCUGGGCUCCCAAAUUUUCUAACUUGUGCAGCUCGAACUCUUCAACAUCCAGUUGAUCCCACCUCUCCGCCCCUUCGGCAUCCCUCUGUUUUUGUGAGCGAUUCCCAGAUUGUCACCAUGCCUGCCCUCCUCAGAACCAUUGCCCCCUUCCUGAGGGCGGCCACCCUCAGACAGUCUGCCACUCCUCUGGUCCAGCUCCAGCGCCAGACCCGCACUCCCAUCCUCAACUUUGCCCGGUCGUACGCUGUUUUUGAGCGCACCAAGCCCCACGUCAACAUUGGCACAAUCGGUCACGUCGAUCAUGGAAAGACUACCCUGUCCGCCGCCAUCACCAAGAGGCAAGCCGAGAAGGGCAUGGCCAACUUCCUCGAGUAUGGCGCUAUCGACAAGGCCCCCGAAGAGCGCAAGCGUGGUAUCACCAUCUCCACUGCCCACAUCGAGUACUCGACCGAGGCCCGCCACUACUCCCAUGUCGACUGCCCUGGUCACGCUGAUUACAUCAAGAACAUGAUUACCGGUGCCGCCUCCAUGGAUGGUGCCAUCAUUGUCGUUGCUGCUUCCGAUGGACAAAUGCCCCAGACCCGUGAGCACUUGCUCCUCGCCCGCCAGAUGGGUAUCCAGAGAAUCGUCGUCUUCGUCAACAAGGUCGAUGCCCUUGAGGACCCCGAGAUGUUGGAGCUCGUCGAGAUGGAGAUGCGUGAGCUUCUCACCUCGUACGGCUUCGACGGUGACAACACCCCCGUCGUUCUCGGUUCUGCUCUCUGCGCCAUGGAGGGCAAGCGCCCCGAGAUUGGCGAGUCCAAGAUCGAUGAGCUCAUGAAGGCUGUCGAUGAGUGGAUCCCCACCCCCGAGCGUGACACCGACAAGCCUUUCCUCAUGCCCAUUGAGGACGUCUUCUCCAUUGCCGGUCGUGGUACCGUCGUCUCUGGCCGUGUCGAGCGUGGUACUCUCAAGAGAGAUGCCGAUAUCGAGCUCAUUGGCAAGUCCAACGAGAUCAUCAAGACCAAGGUCACCGACAUCGAGACCUUCAAGAAGUCCUGCGAGGAGUCCCGCGCCGGUGACAACUCCGGUCUUCUCCUCCGUGGUGUCCGCCGUGAGGACAUCAAGCGUGGUAUGGUCGUUGCCAAGCCCGGCACCGUCACUGCCCACAAGAAGUUCCUGCUCUCCCUCUACGUCCUCUCCAAGGAGGAAGGUGGCCGUCACUCCGGCUUCGGUGAGAAGUACCGCCCCCAGAUGUACAUCCGCUCCGCCGACGAGUCCGUCACCCUCUACUUCCCUGAAGGCACCGAGGAUGCCUCCAGCAAGAUGGUCAUGCCCGGUGACAACGUCGAGAUGUUGGCCGAGCUCUACAACCCCGUUGCCGUCGAGGCCGGUAUGCGCAUCACCAUCAGAGAAGGUGGUCGCACUGUUGCCACUGGUCUCGUCACCCGCAUCCUUGAGUAAACUCUCAAUGAGCUAAAUAAUAAAAUAAAAUAAAAAAUCAAAGAACAACAACUCACGGCCGGGACAAAAAUGGAAGGGGACCCUUGGUUUCGUGUGUGGAUAAGGGGGGCGGGGGCGCUUUGGCGUUGAAAACGAACUUUGUACACUGUAUAUCAUCAUGAUGUGUUUAGAAUGAAAGCGCCAGUUUGGAAGCUGCGCCCUGGGGGUUCUUUGUGCAUUAUUACACUUGGGGCUCGGCUGAUCUCCCCUCCUUCUGCUUCGGUUGUUGUUUUAAAAUACUGUAAUAUAGAAGACAUACAAAGGGA